GCGGGGCGCCGGGGGCAGCGCGCAGCGGUGCUGAGGCCGCGACCGGGAGAGACGAUGGCCAAAUGGCUGAACAAGUACUUCAGCCUGGGGAAUAGCAAGACCAAGAGCCCUCCGCAGCCCCCGCGGCCCGACUACCGGGAGAAGCGCAACGGUGCCGGCAGCGCGCCCCGCCCCGAGGGGCCACCGCACCUCCACCUCCACCACCACACCUCGCCCGGCUUUUCGCGCCGCCGGCUGCGCGACGACACCAGCGACCUGCUCCGCGCCUACCGCGCCCAGAAGGACCGCGACUUCGAGGACCCCUACAGCGGGCCCGGCUCGUCCCUGCGCAAGCUGCGCGCCAUGUGCCGCCCGGACUACUCGGCGCCCGAGGACCUGGGUGAGGCAGCCCUCAAGGCUUCCUCGUCCUCCUCCUCCUCGUCGUGCUGCGCCACGCCUCCCACCACCGGCUCCCCGCACCUCUUCCGCAGCCACAGCGAGCGCCGCCCGGCGACGCCACCCGAGGUGAAGUACAUCUCCCCCAAGCACCGGCUGAUCAAGGUGGAGAGCGGCUGUGCAGGCAGCGAAGGCGCGGGCAAGAAGCUCAGCAAGGGCUCCAAGCAUCCGACGGCUGCUGCCCCCUCUACCACGAAAGAUAAAGUAUUGAUAGCUGAUGACUACUCAGAUCCAUUUGAUGCCAAAAGUGAGUUGAACAGAAUGGGAAAAGGGGAGAACACUGGCUACAUGGAACCCUACGAAGCCCAGAGAAUAAUGGCUGAGUUUCAACAACAGGAAGGCAUGAAGUCCCAUCAGAAAAACAUGCAGCUCUAUGACACACCCUAUGAACCAGAAGGCAGUGGUGUGGAAUCUGAUUCUGAAAGUGUGGUGAGUCGCCGUUUACGAGAAAGUAAAUUGCCACAGGAUGAUGACAGGCCUGCAGAUGAGUAUGAUCAGCCGUGGGAGUGGAACAAAGUCACCAUCCCAGCUUUGGCAGCCCAGUUUAAUGGAGGUGGAAAACGUCAAGUAUCUCCUUCUUCCUCAAAUGACCAGCACAGGCAAUUAAGAGCACCUGGAGGAGGCUUUAAACCCAUGAAACAUGGCAGUCCAGAAUUUUGUGGGAUCCUGGGAGAGAGAAUAGAUCCAACUAUUCAGCUGGAAAAACAGAUAUGGUAUCAUGGAGCAAUCAGUCGGACAGAUGCAGAAAACCUGUUACGUUUAUGUAAGGAGUGUAGCUACCUUGUAAGAAAUAGUCAAACAAGCAAGCAUGACUAUUCUCUUUCACUGAAGAGCAAUCAAGGUUUUAUGCAUAUGAAGCUGACGAAAACCAAAGAAAAAUACAUCCUGGGCCAGAACAGCCCUCCCUUCGACAGUGUUCCUGAAGUCAUCCACUACUACACUACAAAAAAGCUGCCUAUCAAAGGAGCAGAACACUUGUCCUUGCUCUACCCUGUGGCUGUACGGACUCUCUAAUAACCUAGUCUCACCCCUUCCUGUGGAUGGGAGGUGAGAGAUAAGCUGGGUUGCACAGAAUUCAUUGCCAGAAUUCAGAGCUUGAGUCUAUGAUGGAGAGAGGCAGCCUUUAGUCUUGUGAAUGUGGGCUCUCUGCUGAGUUGUCUGUGGGACUGUGUGUGAGAUACACUUGUGCUGCAGCAUGCCUGUAGAACUAUAUUGCUGUGUAAGAGAAAGAAUACUUAUUUUAGUGCAGGGAGAGCAGAUUACCUUCCCAGACCUUCUAUGUCAAUGAAAGUGCUUCCCAACAAAAGUUCUUCGUGCUUCGAGAAGAACCAGCAAGUUCUUCUCAGCAGUAAAAAACCAACAACUUUUAUUUUCUUGCUACCCUGAGAAACUUCUCCAUGAGAAAGAGUAACCUUACUCUGAGGGACCCUAGGGUGUUCGUGAUAGACCUGAGAAGGAGCUGCUUAGCAGGCAAGUCUCUGGCUCUGGUCACAUAGCUUGAUGGGUUUGGGAUUUUUUUAAUGCAGUUUCUUGGGGUAGUCAAAUGUUGAACUUCUAUAAGCCACACAAUCUUAAAAUAAUUUUGUGAGAGCAAAUCAUGGUCAAUUACUUAUGAAUAGGGGAUGUAGUUAAACAGUAGUUUGUUAUAUAUUUUUAUCAUUUUUGGUACAAUAAUCUCUUAAUGUUUACUGUCUUCAUUUGCAAGUUUCAUUUGUAGGUACAGGCAGCUAAUUCUGUUUGGGGCAGUUACACCAUAAUGUUUUAAGUAGUUAGAAUAAGUAAUUUUGAUAUGUGGGUUAGUAUUUAUGCAUGAGGGUGGUCAAAGGCUUUUAUAAAGCUUUAGUAGGCAAAAUCUUCACUUGCUCAUUCAUCUGGAUCAAACACCUUUCCUACUGAUGUAGCAGGCUAACAUGUGUAUCACACUGCCUUUCCACGAGAUGGCUUUUGCAGCUGUGAGAACUGCAGAGCAGAAUUUGUUUUUCUGGCAUACCAAGGCAUUCUUAAGACAUAGCCUCGUUGGCACAUACCUUCUUACCAGUGCUCUUUUUCACCAUGAGCAGAAGCCUGUCUCCUGCUGUAUUCCAGUCACUGUCAGCCAGAAGCACUGUGGAAGCUGCUCUUUAUCUUAGCCCUGCCCAUCCACUUGGGACAUAUUUUCUACAUACUCUUUGUGCUCAUUCAGUGAGAUAAGUGAAAAAUUAUAAUUGUACACAAGCUGGAACUGGGGAAUCUAUAGCCUUAUAGUCCUCAUGUUGUGCCAUCUCCCACAUAUAUCUAGAAUGUUGUGCAUUAACCCAUCAGCUGGUAUAGUAGCAAACUGGUUAUAUGCAGGUUAUGUAUUUUACAGACAGCAAUAGGACUGUGAAAUUGUGUGCUAUUUAAUUCAGCUUUCUUAGCUACUACUAUUUUUUUAUGUAUGCUUAGAAAGAAGUGCAAAUCUGAAAAUUGUAAUGAAAUAACCACUUACUGCCUGUAAAAGUUGUGCUUCAUGGUAUUAUGUAAUCGGGUAAGAACCUCAAGGAUGACCCGUGUACUGUCACUGGUGCUAGAUAUUCUGUUUCCUUUUAAGCCUGCCUUAUUCUUUUUAUGGCAUCCAAUGCAGAUUGAACAGAAGUUGAUCAUAUGUAUGUGAAGAGCCCAGUGUCAUUCUGUGCAGCAAUGGUAGUGGGUCAAACUGCGUCUCACCCAGAAUCGGAAGCUGCAUUGAAAUAGGUUUUCCAGUUUUCCAAGGAGGGUGGGACAAUGGAGG